UAAAGCUUACGGGAGAGCCGGCAAGCUCAAACAAUGGAGACAUGCUGCAAAUUUGAAUUAAGCUGAGUUUGUUUUUAAUAUUUAACAUGACAAAUCUUUUGAAUGACAAACUUUGUAUAUCUAAAAAAAGACAUUUUGACUGAUAUUAUGAAGUUAUAGGGUAUACAAUGUUAUGACUAGUGUCUAUUAGGCUUUUAUUGAUUACUAGAUUGGCUAAGAUUAUAUCGUAAAUCCAUUUCGAGACAGGUGUCGUCCACUUAGGUCAAAACUUAUUAUAAAUUUGUAUCCGGGAAACAUAUAGUAGCAGACAACGACACUCCGAAAGGAAGAACUAUUUCUCCCAAAAAGUUUCCAUAAUCCAGAAUCUUUUUAUAUAAAAAGGGACAGCGAAAAUUACCCGCAUUUUUCCAAUAAUUUUCUUUUUUCUAUAUACCAAGAUAUUUUUUUCUUACAUUACCAUAUGUCUGCAGAUAAUACAACUUCUCUAAUUGUUGCUCUCAAGGGCACAUCCAAUAUCGAAAAAGACGGCCGCAUCAUCCGUUUUGGUAACGGCGCUAAUUUAGAUACCAUUCGAGGCCUUGCUGCCGAAAAAUUAGGCAUUGCCGUUGGUUAUACCGAUAUUCAACUUUUAAACGAAAACGGUGACUUAUUAGCUGGUAUAGACGCUGCUAAAGAUCAACAAGUUGUUUACAUCGGCUUAAAGCAACAAAUAAAAGAUGUCAUUCCUGGUCCUGUCAAUCUUCCAUUCGUGGGUAGUUUAUACGAGUUACUUCCCAAUCUUACUGAUGGUUGGAUGCGUCAAUUCAAGAAGCAUGGUUCCCUCGUAGAAGUGAAUAUCUUGGGAAGAAAGGUCGUCGGUACAAAUGAUCCUGAAAUUGCUGAACUUUUCGCAAAGGAAUCUGAAUAUUUUACUAAAAAGGUUGGCGCUACAGGUUUGAAUGAAAUUAAGGCUUUCGCUCGUCAAGGUCUUUUUACUACUGACACUGAAGAAAUGGAUUGGAAACUUGCUCAUAAGCUUUUAAUGCCUGCAUUUAGUCCUCGUGCAAUCAAGGUUUAUCAACAAGAAAUGGGUGAAAUUACUCAACAAGCUAUCAAAAUUUUCGAACAAUUUGCUCCUUCAGACCCUGUCGAAAUCAUUGAUUGGACAACUAACAUUACUUUCGAAACAAUUGGUCGUGUUGGUUUUGGUUAUGACUUCAACUUGCUUGCCGAACGCGAUCAACCACCAAAUGCUUUUAUCGAAGCUAUGGGCUUUUGUUUGAACCAAUCUAUUCAACGUAUGCAACAAGCGCAAUUUAUCAAGCUUUUACCUAUCGAAGCCAACCGUAAAUUUGAACAAUCUAUCAAACACAUGCAUCGUAUUGUGGACGGCGUUAUUGUUGAACGUAAGAACGGUGAAGACGCCAAAGAUAUGGAGAAAGAUUUAUUAGGCUAUAUGUUGAAUGCUCGUGAUGAGAAUAAUUUGGGCUUAUCUGAUGAGAAUAUUCGUGAUCAAGUCGUUACUUUUUUGAUUGCCGGUCACGACACCACUGCCAAUACACUUGCCUGGACCCUUUAUGAAUUAGCAAGAAACCCUGAUAUUCAACAAAAGGUGCUUCAGGAAAUUGCCGAUAACCAUAUUACUUGGGAUGUCUUACCCACUUCCGAGCAAAUUUCAAAUCUCAAAUAUAUCCAUCAAGUGAUCAAGGAAGUACUUCGUGUUUAUCCACCAGUCAGAGUAUUGGGCAAAUAUUGCAAAGAAGAUUGUAUUGUACCCGGUGGUUAUAGAAUCAAGGCUGGCACUACCUGUGCGCUUCAUGUAUAUGCUAUGCACCAUAACGAAGACGUUUAUCCUGAUCAUAGCCGAUUUGAUCCUGAUCGUUGGACUCCUGAAGAAGAACAAAAGCGUUCUCGUUUCUCUUGGUUACCUUUCAGCACAGGUGUCAGAGGUUGUAUUGGUAUGGCUCUUGCCUUACAAGAAGCAAAAACUGUUUUGGCUAUGCUCUUAAAUCGUUUCGAAUUCCUUUAUGAUGGUCCUGAUGUUCAAUAUGAUCCCAAAGCUGCUACUACUAAGCCCGUUGGUCUCCAUAUGAAUAUUCAUCCCCGUGAAAAUUUCCCUAGCCCAAGUUCUGAAGCCAGCGCUGCCAAGGAAGCACAAAAUACCGCUAAGCCUGUUCCAGUUCGCAGCCUUCCCGUUGUGUCUCGCGAUGCUGUUCCUACUGAUGCCAAGUUACCUCCUAUCACCUUUUUGUAUGGCACACAAACUGGUACUGCUCAAGAUUAUGCUAAUCAAUUGGCCAAUCAGGCUCAAAACUUUGGUUUCAGCAAUGUCACUCUCUGUGAAAUGGACAAAUGGAAGGUGAUUCAAGAUGGAAAGUUCAGCCCAGAAGAUAUAAGUAAGCGCACGGAUAAGGAAAUUGUUGUGAUCUGUACCGCUACUUAUAACGGCCAACCCCCUGAUUCUGCUGAAAAGUUUGACAAGUUUAUCGAUGAUAAAAGCAAAGAAGAAGGUCACGGAAGUCUCUUGAAUGGUCUCUCAUUCUCUGUAUUUGGUCUUGGUAACAAGAACUGGCGUACUUACCAACACUUUCCCAUCAAAGUCACUGAGAUGUUGGAAGAACUUGGUGCUCAUCGUUUCUUUGCUGGUGGUGAAGGUGAUGCUGAUAAGGACAUGGAUGCCGUUUUCAAUGAAUGGUGUGCUCAUUUCUGGACUCAUACUUUGGAUAGCUAUGGCAUCACUGCCUCUGAAUCUAACUCAGUUGUCCCUGCCGCUGCCACAACUGUUGCUAGUAAACAAAGUGUUGUUAAAGUAAAAUUCAUUCAACCUAGCGAAACUGAAACUUGGAAUAGAGCCACUAGAAAUCAAAAUGGUGAACCCAAUGCUACCCUCUAUACCAACCGUGAAAUUCAGAAAGAAGGUUCUCCUCGUAGUACUCGUCAUAUCGAAAUCGAUAUUUCCAAGUUGUCUGCUAUUGGUGAUAAGAAUCGUCUUUAUAACUCUGGUGAUCAUUUGGAAGUUUUCCCUGAAAACAAUGAAGCCACCGUCGAAGCUGUUGCCUUAAGCUUUGGUUGGAUUUUAGAAUCUGUAUUUGAAAUUGAACAAGAAACACUUUCGAAUGUAUCUCCUCGUUCUCUUGCUGCCAAUGUUAAAGGUCCCUGCACCGUUCGUAACAUGCUUACUUAUUACGCUGAUAUUACCUCCCCUCCCUCUCGAGCCGUUCUUGCCUGUUUCUCUGCCCAAUUAAAAUUAACUGCUCCCGAUACUGCUGCUACGUUUGAAAAGCUGAUUAUGCCGGAUGAGAAGAAUCAAGAUCAAUAUCCCGACUUUAUUAAGAAACACCGUACUAUGUUAGACUUACAAAAUGCUUAUCCUCAAGUCAAUCGCUUAGAUUUGGGUCAAUUUUUGGCCUCUGUUCCCGUGAUUCAACCUCGUCGUUAUUCCAUUGCUUCUUCUCCUUUGGCUUAUCCCACAUCGGCUCAUUUGACUGUAGGUGUUGUUGAUGACAUUUGUAAUAACAAGCACUAUAGUGGUUUAGCCUCUUCUUAUUUGAAAAAUGGAAGAGAAAGCAUGGUUCUUCGCGCUGCAUUAAAAUCCUCCAAGAGCACAUUUAGUAUGCCUAGCGAUCCCAAUGUUCCUUUAAUUAUGAUCUCAGCUGGUACCGGAUUUUCUCCUUUCCGUGGGUUUCUUCAAGAACGCAAAGCCCAACUUGAAGCUGGAGAAAAUGUAGGAAAAACUGUUUUAUUCUUUGGCUGUCGUCGUUCGGAUCAAGAUUAUAUCUACCAACAAGAAUUGGAACAAUUCGAGUCGGAAGGUGUUCUUACAAGUCUUCACACCGCCUUCUCAAGAAAUGAAAACCAGUCACCCAUUAAAUAUGUUCAACAUGCACUUAUCUCGAAUGCUUCUGAAAUCUGGAACUUACUUUAUCCCACAGAUCCUGAGGCUAAACCUGCUGCUAUUUACGUCUGUGGAAGUGGUGCUAUGAGCCGCGAUGUGCGUCGCGCUUUUGUCAAUAUGACUAUUUCUUUUGGUUUGUCUAAUACCGACGAAGAGGCCGAGAGAUUAAUUGAUAACCUUAUGGAUGAGAAGCGUUACUUGUGUGAUGUCUGGGGUUAAAUAUCAUUCGUCCCCCCUUUUUU